AUGUCAAUCCUACAGCACAUCUACACGCAGAGGAAACUCGCUGCGGUUAGGAGCCAUAUGAGCAGGAUUCUGGAGAGUGAAAGUGACAAUGAUGAGUCUGGACAGUCCAGUUUGUCUAGCUCAGCGAAUGUUGGAGCACACCCGCAACAAGAAGCCAGCCAAGACUCGCACUCUAACAAUACUUCUAAUAUGAUGCAGAGAAAGCUUGAACAUUUCAGUAGGAGGCUAUCAAUGCUUGGUUUGGUUGCCGCUGAAGGGGAAAACAAGGAGGGCACCGAGAAACAGGCGAAUCUAAUAGAUUCUGAAGGAUCAGAGCUGCUGCAGCGAGAGGUACCGAUGACUACAUCUCUUCUACUGAACAAAUUGCCGAAAGCGACCAGUGAAGCUCUUGAAAAGUACCAGGCUGAGGAGAGUGACACAGGCGGUCCGAGACAGACCAAGGUACAGAUCAAGUUCCAACCUAUAGGAUCCAUCCCGCAGGUCAAACCGUCGGUGUGCAGAAUAUCGGCAGCGCAGCCGUUUGCGCUGGUCACAAAGUUUCUAAGCAAGAGCUUGAAGGUAGACCAGGUUUACUGCUAUAUAAACAACUCAUUUGCGCCGAACCCGCAGCAAAUCGUCGGCGAUCUGUGGUCUCAAUUCAAAGUUGAUAACGAACUCAUCGUUAGCUACUGCGGGACAGUGGCAUUCGGUUGA